AAACACACAAACUCCAAGCAAAGCUCUUUAAGAAAUAUAAUGGCUGCCCACAAAAUAGCUACGACCCUUUCCAUCUUCUUCCUCCUCUCCUCUAUUUUCCGGUCUUCCGAGGCAGCUGGAAUCGCCAUCUAUUGGGGCCAAAACGGAAACGAAGGCUCUCUUGCAUCCACCUGCGCCACUGGAAACUACGAGUUCGUCAACAUAGCAUUUCUCUCAUCCUUCGGCAGCGGUCAAACUCCGGUCCUCAACCUUGCCGGUCAUUGCAACCCUGACAACAACGGUUGCGCCUUUUUGAGCGACGAAAUAAACUCUUGCCAAAGUCAAAAUGUCAAAGUCCUCCUCUCUAUCGGCGGCGGUGCGGGGAGUUAUUCACUCUCCUCCGCCGACGAUGCGAGACAAGUCGCGAACUUCCUUUGGAACAGCUACCUCGGCGGGCAGUCAGAUUCCAGGCCACUCGGUGCUGCUGUUUUGAAUGGUAUUGAUUUCGAUAUCGAGUCUGGCUCGGGCCAGUUCUGGGAUGUACUAGCUCAGGAGCUAAAGAGUUUUGGACAAGUCAUUUUAUCUGCCGCGCCGCAGUGUCCGAUCCCAGACGCACACCUAGACGCCGCGGUCAAAACUGGACUGUUCGAUUCCGUUUGGGUUCAAUUCUACAACAACCCGCCAUGCAUGUUUGCAGAUAACGCGGACAAUCUCCUGAGUUCAUGGAAUCAGUGGACCGCGUUUCCGAUAUCGAAGCUUUACAUGGGAUUGCCAGCGGCACCGGAGGCAGCGCCGAGCGGGGGAUUUAUUCCGGCGGAUGUGCUUAUUUCUCAAGUUCUUCCAACCAUUAAAACGUCUUCCAACUAUGGAGGAGUGAUGUUAUGGAGUAAGGCGUUUGACAAUGGCUACAGCGAUGCCAUUAAAGGCAGCAUCGGCUGAAUUAAGCUCCUAAGCUUAAAUUUAAUUAAAGCCUAUGAAUAAACUCCAAAGUACUAUAAU